CCUAUUCAGUCUCGAUUCAGACGCGCUGCGAGACACAUCUAUCCUCCCAGAAGGUGUCCCAUGAGUUUAAGAAUUCAAGAAGUGCCAAGGUGUGUUGUUAGUUUGUGGUGUUCUGGAAGAACUAAUUUGGUGGUGAUUGUUUGAGAAAUUUGGUGAAGCUUACUGAGUUAAAUUCGGUGCAGUUUAACAGCUUUAACAUCUUCUGGCAGAACAGUGCUUGUAAGAAUGUGAUACCGCGGGCUGACCUUCCCGAAGACAAAUACGGAAUCAGUCGAAAGAAAGCCACACAUCGCAAUAAAAGUGGAAAAGCCAAAUAAACGAAACACGAAAGCUUCAAAGUCAGAAACGCAGUCAAAACAUGUCCAGUGCGGUCCACUAAAGCGACCGAUUGUUGUUUAUGGUUGUGCCAAGUGUGCAGUACUAUGAGUUGCAGUGCAGUGAUGUGAGAGCGCAAAUUAUCUAUAAAGAAGAAAGUGUCGGGUAUCGCUAAAGUAUAGAAGACGCAAACCGGAGAAAACUCCUGACUGCACUUGGAAGGAAAAGCUGCUCUUUUAUUGUACUGAAACUUAAGAUACAAACCAUAGUGAAACACGGUAGAAGUGCAUUGCCCUUGAGUGGUUCGAUCGCACGGAGGAUCGAAAAUAGGAUUCUGUUUUAUUGGAGCUAUCAUUCAGGGAAAGGGACGUACGUUCAAGGAGAAUGGCGAUAGAUGUCGCCAAAAAAUGUUGGGUUUCAGCAUUUACAUUAGUGCUUAGCCUGACAAGUUCUAGUGCAGGCGAACGAUGGUCUCGGCAACUGACAGACUACAGUAACGUUCAAGGCAAUGAUUGGAUUCCGCUAUCGCGACCCGGAGAUCGACAGGCAGGUGCUAAAGUACUGAAUUAUUUUGACAGCACUGGUUUUUUAGGGACCGAUAACAAUGCUCAACCCCAGCACCAACAGUUCUCCUACGUGAAUCAGCCGUUCGGAGCUCAGUCCAGUCGCGUAGUAUUCCCACCACCACCGGUGGCACAGCCCCUUCAACAGGAACUAGAAACAGCUUUCAACACGCCCUUCGGAAGUCAUCAAUCAUUCAUCCAACAUACACCAUUCGGAGGGGUGCAGACUAUUCAGAGACACCCUCUGCCACCAUUUAGCCCUCAGUUACCGAAAGAAAAUCUUGUUCAAGAAAAGCCAUCCCUGGUGGAGCAUCAAUUCCAAUUUCCUUCUCAAACCCAACCUCAGACGACGCAUCUGCGACAGCCAUCGGCUGGCAACCUCCAAGCCCAACCUACCGGUGGAGUGUCGCAAGAAGAAGUUCAACUGCUCUACGUCCCUGUAGAAACCCUUUACAACCAAAAGCCAGCUUCGGAGAGCACUCGCUACAAUGCCUUGCCACAACCUGUCAGCGCAUCUAUCAUCAAUGACUUCUACACCGCAGCAACGACUACUCCUAAACCACGAACUACGAGUACUCCAUAUACUACAAAAGCCACACCAAGUGCAGCCUUAGUCAGCAAACCUAAACCCAACCAACCUCCACUAGCUAUGUUUAUGUACAACGAUGACAAACAAUCCAAGCUUUCGGUCUCUGAUGCCUUAUCAAACCUGAAAAAUGUCAACAAUAUUGCCGUAUUGGACAGUCUGAGUAAAAACUUGCCCAAAGUGUUCAUCGGACCAUCGGGUCUCGCUCCACCCAAAGGAUACUCCAAAUUCGAGUUGCCAUAUCUCUCCAGCAUUGAUCAAACUCGACUCAGUGCAAAACCCGGAGACCUUCCCUUCUUUGUAGCUCCUCAAAGUUAUAAAACCCCUGGUGGGUUCUCUAAAAUUCCGCUCCCUGCACCACACGUUGGAUCUGUUAUUGUACAGCAACCUUUAAUUCAGUCUAACUACUUCCGACAGCCAGACAACAUCGAAUACUAUCAACCGUCUACGCUGAAAUUUACCGAUGUCACCACCAAAUCACCAAUUACAUUGCCUGUUAGCAAACCCCAGUACGAUUCGGAUCACUAUACUUCCCCCACCUCAAAACCCACCACCGACCGUAGCAACUACAGUCGGGGAAAUACGCAAACCCCUCAGGAAAGCUAUCGUCAGCCCCAAACAGAACGAGCUCUUUUCUCUCACUCACCUUUCAAUAGCGUCAACAAUCUUCCAAACCGACACAUUGUCAACGAAGAGUACUUCAACUUAGCAAAAACCAAGAAGCCUACCACCCCCGCCCCAACUCAAAGCUACAGUCCCAAAACUUACAAACCUUUCGAUUUUAAGCCCAUCCCAGAACAAAAAAUCCCGCUGUAUCCCGAAAAUGACGACUUUACUACGGCUAAAACUACCACAACCACAGAAAAACCGCAAACUUCUCGUCAAGAAGAGAACCGAAUGAAGUCCUACUUUAAGGAGGAAAACUUCCGCAAUCGACGACCAUACACUCAGUCCACCGUCUCUACACCAUAUGAAGAUCAGGAAGUGACGCAAUCUCUUCGUGGCAGUAACGAAAAUGAAGGAAACUUCGUUCACAAGUUCAAACUGGUAGACUCCGUUCGACCACAAACUACCCCAGCAACAAAAUCGGUGGUCGACAACGCUUUCCUCGAUUUCUUCCAACAAGAUAAUCAUGAAAUGCUCAAAACCGUUGUAUCAAAUCAACCCUCCAAUGGAGCUCAACAGAUUAUCCGUAACAAUUAUUUCUCACAAAAUACCCACGACGAGCCUCAAAAGCAGAAAUUUGUCAGCACGUAUUAUGUUCCAACAACUACAUCUACUACUUUGAGGACAACUACCCCAACACCUGCUACUACAGCAGAAGACACUUUCUUCAAAGAAUUCGAAGAAAAAAGCAAGAAAUACGAACCAGAGCACACCAGGUUCCCACAAACUCGCCUACAAAACCAAGAACCGUUCCUGACCCGUUUCACUGAUACUUCCUACACAAACAAGUAUAAAUACGAAACGAAUACUGAUGAUGUGAACUAUCCAGUCGAAGUCGUCACAACUCAGGAACCAGCGAGGCACGAAACUUCCAACGACGUUACUGUUCCCCCCUCUGAGCAAUCGUACAGUAUCCCAUCAGAACUGCCGCCGAUAAGCGCAAACCUACCAGGUUUAGUGAACUCCCUUAUGGAAGACGAAUGGCCUCACAAAAAGGGAGAACAAGACACUCCCUUGCCAACCACGACCAAAGGACACUUCCGUAAGCAGAUCCAUCGCACCACUCAAGCCACUACAACGCCAGAACCAUACUCGUCGGAAGUCACAACCCGCCGAACUAGAGGCCGACGUCCCACAGUUGCUAGCUCCUCUAGCCACGAGUCGGUAGGUCCCACCCGAGGCACCACCAUAAACCGAAGCCGAUCCCGAUACGUCCCGGCUGAUGGCGAAAACUCCAGUAGUGGUAGAUCAAGAACCAGAAGUCGUAUCAGUAGUAGUUCCUCACGCAAUGCAAAGGAAGAAGAAAACCUGGAAUACCAGCGGGACGUCCUGAAACAGAACUAUCCAGUAAUUCGACCAACUUCGGGAUCUUCAACAAGCACUACAACGACACCACCACCACCACCAACUACCACUACCACCACAACUCACGCCACUACCAUUCCGGUGACCUAUCAACAAAUCUACGAACAACAAACGGAACGAUUGAGUCCUUACUACUCAACGCCUGAACCACAGAGCUACCCCGAAGAACAAGCGAAAACCGAAGAAAUUUCCAUCCCCCGAAAAGAGGCAAUCUACACCGAAAACUACUACGAGCCCGAAGUGACUACCACGAUCCCACAUACCACCUACAGACAACAAUACAGCCCCGUGCCGAAUCCGGAAGAAAUCGACGACGAAUCUGUACGCGUGCUACCGGUAGAUCAUCCAAUUGAACCAAAGCGCGCGAAGCCUGUUGAAAUCCAGCGUGAACAACCAGCUGCCGUCACCCAUACACAAUCGCCACGAAGACAACCGGCCCGGACACCUUCCUACCAGCUUCCGGAAGAACACACCGUCCCGGUAACUCCCUCGUAUAACAGCCAUGAAGACGAAAUGGAAAUACAGAAAGUAGAAAUCACCCCACGACCCAGAAGACCGCUAUCCCGGCAACCAGUAUACUCGCCCAGAACAACGGCCCAUACGGAGCGACCGACCACGGAACGUACCACGACCGAACUGCCCCCGUCAUCAGCCUCGUCCAGAGGGUCAUCUGUCCAGCGUCGUCCAGCGUUCGUACGACGACCGGCUAGACCGCUGUACACGACGACCCCUGCUCCGACGACAACCUACUCCAGCCGAGGCGUGUCCACCGGCGACGACGAACUACCAACGCAAGGAUCUUAUACCGUGCGUCCCAAGAGUCGCCAGGACGUCCUCCGCGGAAGAACCCGACGGCCAGUGACGACGACCGUAGCUACCACUACCCCCGCUUCUCCAGAGCCUCCGAUUACUAGAGGGUUUGCGAGAAAUAAGGAUCUUAGAAGGGUGUCUCCGACUAUUCGAUCAAGACAAGAACCAAGAGAACGCGAACGUGACCAACGCGACCAACCUGCUGAAACAACGACAACUCAUCCACCAAGAUUCCGCAUCCGAGAGCGAACACGCUUCAACCUGCAACCGCAGGAAUCGCAAUGGUCGACCAAGCUGACACAGAACUCAUUCCAACCAGUGCAGAGCAUUGAGUCGCGCAGCAAAAACUACGAUGGCGAGAGAACCAGUAGCGAGCCGGAACCGGAAAUUGUGACCGCCAGUGCUCUGGUACAGGAGCCGCAGGAAGACGUUCGGCUGGUUAGCGUGUCGGCCAACAUGGGAGGAGCUCCUACGGCGCAAGCGGAAUCCGAAGUGCACCGUGGCAGCAGUAACGACGGCAGUGAAGUAGUAUUGAAGGAAGUGGCACUUAGCCAGGAGCCGCCGCAAGCUGACGAAAACGAGGAGAAUAGCGAUGUGCCCACUUUUGCGGCACUGCUUAAUGACGUGAUGAAAGAAUACAUCGACAGCAACCUGCAGCUAGGCGAACCGGAGAACAAACCAGUUGAAAACGAAGUACUGAUUGAAGAGCCCAAGCCUGUCACCACCGCACCGCUACGUGGCUCCGGCGAACGAAGACCUUACAAUAUCCGAGCCAACUUUCGUAAGCGGGGUCGAUCCCACGUGACAGAAUCAUUCGAAACUGCCGAGUCGCAGCACAUCAAUACUCACGUCUAUAACACGGCUGGUUUUGAAUCACUCAAAAACAUCGAUCAAGCUGCCCUGCAGGGAAAAAACCUUAUCAACGAAGUAAAAGCAAGCAGCUUGGUUUUGGAGGCUCCAGUGAAUACAACGACUACGACAACGGAAGCACCGGUGACCGAACUUCCUGAAACGACGACGUUCGCCAUUCCAGAAACAACCCCAAUCUAUGAAACCACAUCAGUUUUGCCUACGGAGAGGGAAGUCACCACGACGGUGCCCACAAUAGAAGCACAAUCCGAAGGUGAUGCGCAGCAGUUUUCAACUGAGCAGUUCUACGACGACGAACAAGACGAACAAGUACAGGAUGAAGAGGACACCCGACAAGGCAUUUUUGCCGACGUGAAAAAACAGCUUUCCGAUUUGUUUGCCAUGGCAGAAAACGAUCCGGAAACGGAGGAAGUGGAAGACGACGAUGAGCAGUAUCGGCCUCAACCGAUUGGCAGCUACCACGAGCUUGAGCAAGCAAGUACAGAAAGCCCCAUCACAACGACCACAACCGGUUCGGAUGUGGUGGCGAACGAAAACCGACCAGAGCCGGUGACAGAAGAGACCGCCAAAGCCUCCAGUGACGACGCCAUAGGCCCAAUGCCCAUCCCCACGUCAACUUCCAACGGAAUCACGCAUGAAACCGAAAUCUGCUAUCGAGGGCGAUGCAUCAAAACCGACGAAAAGAAGCCCAAAAAGAACAAGUUCAAACCAAACUGAUUUGAAGGGGUGGAACAAAACAGUCUUUAGUAUGAAUAAGUCCUUUCCGAGACGCUAACUCUCACAUUUCCCUACCAUUCUGAAUCUGAAUCCGAACCCAUCUCUCUAUCUUCGUAGUAGUUAGUGUUCUUUUUUGUAAAGAGAAACGUUACGACUUAUUUAUUUGUAAUAUAAUAAGGGUAGAAAUAAACGAGAUAAUAAACAGUGAAAACCAAAGAAGAAGGGUCGAGACAAUCGUCCGAAAUAUCCAAGCGAAUUGUUGAAUUUUGAUCAGAUUUGUUACUAUCUCCAUUAGAUCAAUAUGUACUCUUCUUAUAUGUUGGCAUUUAUUGCCCACUGAGAUAUUGUCGGCUCUCGUUUUUUUUUUGUAUUCCUAAACACUCCUAACUGCAAAGUUUUCAAAUUGUAAGAUACACGAUGAUUUUUUUAAACUAGACUGGGAAUCAAAAGCUAAAUUGGCAGCAUAUGAGAC